UAUACAAAUAAACCUUGAACUUGGUGACCUUGUUUCAACUAGUGACGCUGGUUGAUUCAACCGUACGUGGCUUCAAAGACACCGUUUAAAGGAGCGGAAAGACAUUAGUAACACAUUUAAUGCAGGUUCACAUGAGAUAUUCCCAAUGGAUCGUAAAAAGAAAGGCAGUAAAAAUCAUUUUAGCCACUCUUUGCUGACGUGAUAGACCACGGAAGCCAUUCCUUACAAGAGAAGCUACAAAAAGAGCCCUUUAUGUGAGAAAGGGAUUUCUCCAGCAGUGAAAAUAGUUGCCUGACAAGCCGAGUGACGCACAGAGGACUGAUGCUUAUUCAUGAAUGAAGGUUACGUAGCUCUUCGUCGUCACAGUAACGGCGUGAUUUAUUAAAUGGCACAUUUUCAGUACACACCACUUCGAAUAGUUUUUCUUAGAACUAAUUGUCUUUAGACUUCAUUUGUUCUUAAAAUUUAUUUAAUAUUAUAUUUUUUAAAGAAUUUAUUAGAUGCUCGAAAAUGUCGACACUUACAGAGCAUGCGCAGUCGGCAAUUGGCGCAAAAAUACGAGUGCGUGUUUUGUCAAUUAGCAAAAUAGAUAUAACCACAAGUAUGCUCUCCUCAUUACUGUUAAAUUUGUCCUGACUUGAACUUUUAAGGUCCUGGCUGAGAGAAAAGGUGACCAGCUAAAUCAGGUGUUAGUGGGAGAAAGAAACAGAACGAAUAGGACAUUUAACUCUGUUGAGGCAUAAGAAAUGGCUUCCCUCUCAACAAUGACGAAUAUUCCCAUUGCUUUUAAAGCAUCCAAGAAACACAAAAACAAGAAAACGAAAAAAGAAAAAAAGGAUAAGAGCAAAAAGAGUGUGCCUGACUUCUUGUUUAAUGAUAGCUGCCAUGAGGCAGUGUUUACACAAAUGCAAGACACUACGAAAAGAAAAAAGCCAAAGAAGAAAAGCAAACUGAAGGAAGACUUCCAGCAACCUAAAUUAAAUAAACAGCCUAAACAACCCAAAGAUACGCACCAAAUUCAGCCAGUUAUCUGCAUCUCCCCCGAUCAGGAGACGCCACAUUCAACCGAGAAAGAGUGUUACAGAAGCACGAAACGUAAAAAGAGAGUCAUUUUCAACUUGCCACCUGAGCAGAGCCAAGCCGCAAAGACAAACGUUGAAGAAUUCGGAAAGAAGCAGCUUGUCGGUGAAAGCAGCUUGGAAUCCAACACAGCUGAGGAAAUGAACAGCCAAGACCUGUUUAUUACACAGAAAUCAUUCUUGGAUCCAUAUGUGGAGAUCUCCAGCGGCUCAAGCUGCAGCGAGGCCACUGCCGUGAAGGCGCUUGAGAACCACGCACAAAGGUCAAGAGCUGAAGCAACCACUCAAACCGAAAACUUCUUUACCUUACCAGCACUCUCCACCUCUCUCAGGUUUCUACAGCAGCAGAGCACGUCCGAAAGCACAGAGGAACCGGUAGACCUGAGCCUGCCGAACAGAACAAGACAACUGCACGGCUCAAAACAAUCAACUGUAGAUUCUGCGAAACCGCCCAAACUGAAGAUAUCAGACACAUCGAGUGAAGACGGCGAUACGGCGCCCAAGGCUAAAGGUGAUCUGCUUCAGCUGAAGGUCAUCCAGACUCGCUUGAACGAGUCUUUCUUUUUUAAGGUGAAGGGUGAAGAUUCGCCGAAGCCCAUGUGCCCUUUGAUGAAACUCACGGAAAGUGUUGAGAAGAAAAUGAAGAAGUAA